AUGUCACAGGUGUCGCUCUUCAUGCUGCUGUCUGCGGUUUGCGUCAUCCUCAGUCUGGCCGGCUCGAUGCUCUCCUGUCAGAACGCACAGAUGGUGAAGUCCAUGCUGACCUGCCAGGUGGAGAGCGGUCUGUGCGUGUGCUGUGUGCCCAACCACUCCUGCUCCAUCACUGAGGAGGACACCCUGGUCCUGUACCUGAAUGCUGACUGCCACUCGGUCAGGCAUCAACUGAAGGACCUUUUGUUCAGUGCCUGUGGUCUCAGCAUCCUGUCCACCAUCAUCUGUACGCUGUCCACGGUGACCUGCAGUAUUCAUAUAUUCUCUCUGGACCUGGUCCACCUGGUGAGGACAGACACGGUACACUUUACGUUUGAGAGGAAACGAAGUCAGAUGCUCUUUGGUACUUAGGGCUGUCUGUGUACUUGGGCUAAAUACUUUAGUGUCGAGUAUUAUAUAAAGGGUACAGAU